AUGGUUCCACGACAACACUUUUUGACGCUUGCUCCGCAAUGGUUCAGAUCGGGGGGGUUCUGGGAUGAGCAGGAUGGCCUGACAGAGGAGCCCUGGGAAUACUGGUGGUAUCGGCACGAACAUCAGCGCAAACACAAGGAUUCGCCGGUUCCAGAUGCUGCCAUUGACAUACAGAAUCUGUGUCACGGGGCUCGCGCUCGUGUUCGUGAUGUUGCUACAUCCUUCCGCCGUAUUGUAAGAACGAUCGCCAUUUCCAUUCCCAGGGAUGCGCAGACUGUCUUUCUCGAUGUUGCCACGCCAAUUGGAGUUUCAUAUCUUCACGACUCAUCACCACCUUGUAAUUCAAAACGAGCAUACAAUGGGACAAUGAAAAAGUGCGAACCUAUGCCAGUCAGCUGGCUGGAUGAAUUCAGAACACAUGUUGAAUCCUUUGGUCUCAACGUGUCGGCAAACGAUCUCCUCAAGGAUAUUGCGCGGCUCCAAGAGUCGUUGAAAUUGGCCUUUGACGAUUUGUCAUUUAUCGUAAAGAUCGCCAAGACUCAUGUUCCUCCGACACCAAAAUGGUCUUGGUUUAAGCUCGGCCAAGAUCGUCCACCCAGCCUGCAUUUUACUACUAUAGAGCCAAUCAGACAAAUGCAGGAUAACCUUACCCAGAUAGCUUCCAGCGUCGACUUAUUAUUCAAUCUUCUCACGGCAAUCCUUAGCCAAGAAGCCGAAAUGCUGCCCUGGCUGACUUCACUGCUCGCCCAUGCCCCCGACCUCGAAUCUCGGUAUGAGAUGCCUGGAAGUUCAUCCACCGGAACAACUAACCCCUGGGAGAUUUGGCGACCAAAAGAUGAACUCGAAACAUAUGGACAGUGGUGUGUAUACCCAGGGUGUCCCAAGGCCCGCCAAAGUGGAGAUAAUGUCCUUGUGAAGAUAUAUCUUCCUAAUGCAGAGGCUGCGUUUACGACCAUGUUUGGGUCUCUGAAGCUUAUAAAUGGGCUCGCCAAGGAUAUGAGCCAGUAUAUGGCGCGUUGGAGUGAUGAGAGGUGGGAGAAGGCAUGA